UAUGUUCUUCCGCUACUUACUUCCCUUUGAUUCAUUUCUUCCCGGACGACUGCCUAAAAGCAAAGGGAAUGGGAUCGCUCAAGCUCCAGAAGCGGCUUGCCGCGAGCAUCCUCAACUGCGGUCGCGGCAAGGUGUGGCUCGAUCCAAAUGAGGUCAACGAACUCUCCAUGGCCAACUCACGCCAAAAUAUUAGAAAGCUGGUCAAGGAUGGUUUUAUCAUCCGGAAGCCAACCAAGAUUCAUUCACGUUCACGAGCAAGGAGGGCACUGGAGGCAAAGAGAAAGGGGCGCCAUUCUGGAUAUGGGAAACGCAGGGGUACAAGGGAAGCUAGGCUUCCAACAAAAGUGCUUUGGAUGCGCAGGAUGAGAGUUCUUCGGCGGUUGCUGCGGAAAUACCGCGAGUCAAAGAAGAUCGACAAGCACAUGUACCAUGACAUGUACAUGAAAGUGAAAGGUAACGUCUUCAAGAACAAGAGAGUCCUGAUGGAGACUAUCCACAAGUCCAAAGCUGAAAAGGCCAGAGAGAAGACCUUAUCUGACCAGUUUGAAGCCAAAAGAGCCAAGAGCAAGGCUAGCAGAGAAAGAAAAAUUGCUAGGCGAGAGGAACGGCUGGCUCAGGGGCCUGGAGACCGAGUACCCGCUCCUGCUGCCCAAACGGAGUCUUCCAAAAAAGCAAAGAAGUGAAGGCAACUAAAUUUAUCUGCUUCUAAAUCUAAAGAUCCCAAUUAGCUCCAAGCUUUACUCACAUAAUCCGUCUUUGUACAUUUUUGAUUUGGUCGUGUAUGUGUCCUUUCAGCGGUGUUGUUUUAUCAGAAAGUGCUGUAAUGCUCGUGCGCUGCACUAUUUUUUAAUUUUUGUUUUGAUAAUGAGGUUUUAGAAUCCCGCUUAUUGAUUGGAACGGAAUUAUUGUCUCACUACGUAUGUUAUUAACUGCUCUAGUUUUUUGGGCUAUGGUUAACUAA